GAGGAGAGGGAUGGAUGCUCGAUAGGAGGGGGAUGUUCCAAGAAGGAUGCUGUGUGGUAGGGUAGCGCUGUCGUACCACGUCAGCCUUGUGCACAUAACAGGGUUAGGUUGUAUUCUAAACUGGGUAGGUGACCACAGAACAAUUUUCAUAGACCGGAUUUAACACCUUUAUAUAUUUUUUGAACACGGUGACAACCUUAAGAAACAAAUACAGUUAAUUAAUAAGGUCAAGUGGAAAAACGCGAACCUUUUCUACCAAAGGUCUCAAUUUGGAGGAAAAUAUUCUGGCUGUAGCUGAUAGAAGAGCUGUCCGUGGCGCUGAAUUCCAGAUCCACAGAGAUCCCCAGUUCACACCCAUGCUCUUGUGUCACUCCUGAUAUCUCCCAUUCCUAGCAGCAACCAACCUCACCGCCAGAGCCAAGAUGGACGACGGCUAUGGACGAGACGGACGGCAGGACUUCAUCCGCGGCGCCAAAGACAUCGCCAAGGUGGUGAAGAAGCAGGCGGGCAAGAAGGUGGGCCGCAGCGUGGACAAAAUGGCCGACGAGUACACAAAGCGCUCGUACAAGCGCUUCGAGGAAGAGGACGACGAUGACGACUACCCCGUGCAGCAGAGCCAAGAUGGCGACGGCUACUACCGCAACGACAGCCGGGCCAACGACGACGAGGGCGGCCACAGCGACUCCACGGAAGGUCACGACGAAGACGAUGAGAUCUACGAGGGCGAGUAUCAGGGAAUCCCCCGGGCAGAGUCCGGAAAAACGGUACCGGUGGACGGGAUUGCCCCCCAAGCUCAGAUCAGGGACCUGGCCCAGUUCGAGGCAGAGAGGAGGAAGGAUCAGGAGGAGUUGGCCCAGCAGUACGAGACCAUCCUGCAGGAGUGUGGCCAUGGGAAGUUCCAGUGGACGCUGUACUUUGUGCUGGGGCUGGCGCUGAUGGCGGACGGUGUGGAGAUCUUCGUGGUGGGCUUUGUGCUGCCCAGCGCAGAGAAGGACAUGUGUCUGUCAGAGGAAAGCAAGGGCAUGUUGGGUCUUAUUGUGUACCUGGGGAUGAUGGUGGGGGCCUUCCUGUGGGGCGGCCUGGCCGACCGGAUCGGACGGCGACAGACCCUCCUCAUUUCUCUCUCCAUCAACAGUGUGUUUGCCUUCUUCUCCUCCUUCGUUCAAGGAUACAGCUCCUUCCUCUUAUGCCGUCUGCUCUCCGGUGUGGGCAUCGGUGGCUCCAUCCCCAUCGUGUUCUCCUACUAUUCUGAGUUCCUGGCCCAGGAGAAGAGAGGAGAGCACCUCAGCUGGCUCUGCAUGUUCUGGAUGAUCGGUGGCAUCUACGCGUCUGCCAUGGCCUGGGCCAUCAUCCCCCACUAUGGCUGGAGUUUCCAGAUGGGCUCUGCGUACCAGUUCCACAGCUGGCGUGUGUUUGUGUUAGUGUGUGCCUUCCCCUCUGUGGCAGCCAUCUCUGCCCUCACCACAAUGCCCGAGAGCCCACGCUUCUUCCUGGAGAAUGGGAAACACGAUGAGGCUUGGAUGAUUCUGAAGCAGGUCCAUGACACCAACAUGAGGGCGAAGGGCUACCCAGAGAGGGUCUUCUCUGUGACCACCAUCAAGACAGUUAAGCAGAUGGAUGAGCUGGUGGACAUGGGAGAGGGCACCGCCUGGCACCAGAGAUGGAGGAUGAAGCUGGCUGACCUGUUCAACCAGGUGUGGAGCAACUUCCUGGCCAUAUUCUCUCCCGAGUACCGUCGCACCACUCUCAUGAUGAUGGCUGUGUGGUUCUCUAUGUCGUUCAGUUACUAUGGGCUGACGGUGUGGUUCCCUGACAUGAUCAAGUAUAUCCAGAAGCAGGAGUACUCCUCGCGCACCAAGGUCUUCAUCAAGGAGAAGGUGGAGCACGUCACCUUCAACUUCACCCUGGAGAACCAGGUGCACCGCAACGGAGAGUACUUCAACAACAAGUUUAUGAAUCUGAAGAUGAAGUCCAUGGUGUUCGAGGAUUCUCUGUUUGAGGAGUGCUACUUUGAAGACAUCACCUCCAGCAACACCUUCUUCAAGAACUGCACCUUUAUUGCUACCCUCUUCUACAACACAGAUCUGUUCAAGUACAGGCUGAUCAACAGCAAACUGGUCAACAGCACCUUCCUGCACAACAAGGAGGGCUGCAUGCUUAGCGACUUCAGCGACGAGAACAGUGCCUACAUGAUUUACUUUGUCAGCUUCCUGGGCACAUUGGCCGUGUUGCCUGGCAACAUUGUGUCGGCGCUGCUCAUGGACAAGAUUGGACGGCUGAGGAUGUUGGCGGGCUCCAGUGUGAUCUCUUGUGUCAGCUGUUUCUUCCUGUCGUUCGGCAACAGCGAGUCGGCCAUGAUCGCUCUGCUCUGUUUGUUCGGGGGCAUCAGCAUCGCCUCCUGGAAUGCCCUGGACGUGCUGACGGUGGAGCUCUACCCCUCUGACAAGAGAUGCACAGCGUUUGGCUUUCUAAACGCCCUCUGUAAGCUGGCAGCCGUGUUGGGCAUCAGCAUCUUCACCUCUUUCGUGGGCAUUACCAAGGCUGUGCCCAUCCUGUUCGCCUCCGGGGCACUUGCAGCGGGCAGCUUCCUGGCGUUCAAGCUGCCGGAGACACGGGGCCAGGUGCUGCAAUAAUGUGGCCACACCCCUAGGGGGCAACGUGGGGGGCCGGAAUGAGUAAGCCACACUGUGAACAACAAGCAGCCCAAGAAACCCCUAAACUCUGCCCUGUACGCCCCAUUGAAGUCACAGCCUAUUCACAGGAAUUAGUUCAAUGCAGAUGCUGUACAGAUCUACUAAGUUGUAAAUAUUGUGGAUUGCCUGAUAUUGGAUGUACUGUUUAGAUAGACACAUCUCUAUACUACUAAGAUCUGUGGAACUGUGCUGCCGCUGCUUGACAUUGAUCCCCAUGAAUAUGCUGUGAGUUGGUCGAGGAAGGGAAGUGCAACCAAACUCUGCCCCUAGACCAACAGAAGCUGUUCCAACUUUAAUGCUUGUUCAGUGCAAUCUUAAUCACUGAGUGUAUGUGUUUAGGAGGGUUGAGGAACUAGUUUAGAUUCAGGUCCCCAAAAUGAAGACAGAUUUAUGGGGUUAUGGGGUAGGGACAUGGGGUCUAGUUUAUGAGCCAUGCCAAUAGCCCGUAAUAGAAAUGACCACUAGCCAUCCGAUCUGUAUUCAGACCAAUUUCUCCGAUAAGCUCAGCUCACCUCCCAUCUACAUGUGUCUACAUUGUUAUGGGAGAACGUCAGUCAAAAAUGAUGUGUUAUGCCUUGAUUUGAACCAUUUUUGACUUAAUGGGUAAACCAAAACAUUUCGUUAAACCAAGGCCUCUCCUCAUUAUCAUACCUUCCAAGGUCUUGUGUUUAUUUUAUGUACAAGAUAACUGCCAUUUUAUAGAUGCUAGAACAUUCUAGGUUGACUUUUCAUUGUGGUUUGAAUGAGACUGUUGACAAACGUGAUCUGUUGAGCUUUUUCCCUUUAAAACAUUCUUUCUAGCCGUUCUAUCUCAGUCAAUCAUAAACAGUCACUCAAAUCAAUCCUUCAAUCUCCAUUUCUGACUGUGUUGAAAUUUGUUCAGCCCAUAUUGUUCUCCAUGUACAUUUUAGAACAACACUUUUGUUCAAACAUUCCACGUUUAAAGCACAAAUGUUUGCGGAUGCAAAUAUGGCUCUUGUCACAACUUGUUACAAUAGUUAUUACUAUUGAUACGUUUUAAACAAAGGUUUAAAAUCCCACAGUUCAAUCGGCAUUCUUGCUUCAUGUAUCCUGUAGUAACAAAUGCCUUCUUUGUUCCAUCUGUCUUAGGCAUUAUGUUUUGCUCUUACAAAAUGUGUUUUUGGAAAGUGGUAUGCAUGUAACUAAGUAUGUAAGUGAAUUCAUGGACAGUUUGCUAGAAAGAUAGAACACGAUAUGAAAGUGGCAUUGAAGUGUAUCAUGUUACUGUACAUCAAUAAGUCAGAUGUUAGAUGUUAUAUCCAUAUCCUUUUAACGAGAUAAAUCACACUGCCUUUGAUAUCAUUCGGCUGUUCUAACAGUGACCUUGGAUUUCUGGAACAUUCUCGCAUCCCUUAAACACAUCAAACCAUUUUAAUGUGCACAACUGAAACAUCCGUUUUCAUUUUUGUGUGAUAUUUCGAUACAGGAACUAGAUGUUAAAAUGUGGAUCGAAAAUCUUCAAAAUAAUGAAGUUGAAAAGACACACAGGUAUGGAAAGGAUAUACUAAACUUCAGUGAAACAUUGUGAUAUAUUUUCAGUAGAUUUAAAUUUAUAUUUGUUUUGAGUUUGAAAUACAUGUAGAUAUAUUUACUUUUGGUGUAAUAUAUGUGUUUCAAAAGAGACUAUAGUGGUAAGCACAUAUAUGUCAUUAAACACUAACAUGUACGUCAUAGCCCAUAUCUUAUUCUGAGUAUAAUUCUGAUAUGGGUGUGAGAAUGUGCUUGUUUGCCUGUACAAUAUUGAACUUUGACCUGCAAUAUUGAUUACUCUUUUGUGGAUUCUUGAUAGCUUGUUUAUUGGUUGUUUUAUUCGAUACUUGGAGUAUGAUUAACUGAUGUGGCGAUACAAGUAAAAGAUGCUUUUUUGAUCGGAUGAUCAGAAUGAGAAUUCAAACUCAAUGAGAAGGAGAACAUUAUUGGAUGCUAUUGGGAAACAUUUCACCAAGCAUUGAAAUAGAAGUAGUGUAACUUUCCUUUGAUUUCCACCUUUGAAGCUUAGAACAUCAUGCUAUAUGGGUAUAUUUUAACAUGUUACACACCUCCGCUGAGGUUUGUAAUCGUACAUGAUAGACUAGGACUAAACACUCUGCUAAGGGCAGUGUCCUCAUGGGAUAUCUGAUCCAUAGAUUUCCUGUACAUUGGUUUGGUACCAAAACACAUUUCCCAUUUCCCUUAUAGCUAGCACAUUGAUCAUGUGCGGUAUGUUCACAAUUGCAUGUUAUAAAGAAUCGAACAGAGAAAAGCAACAAGCACUGAUUCAGCAACAAAGGAAAUGAUCAUAAACUGCCAUUUUUUAGGAUAGCAGCCAUAUGUAGACUUAACAGAAUUCUAGAUAAAGACUGAUCCAUUGCACUAAAUGUACCUAGCUGUACAUGCACAGUUGUUAAUGCCUUGCAUUCUUCAAAAGACCAAAACCUUUGUGACAUAAAAUAUAUCAGUAGCUAGCACAUGAAGGGUAACGGAAGGUGACGUACGCACAACAACAACAAGUGACCACUUUAAGACAGUAGCCAAAUGAUUCAUUGGUACCAAAUGAGUCAUGCAUGCAGUUGUGAACAGCACACAAAAUAAUCAGUAUACAUUGAUUUACAGUUGUCACAGUUGACUAUGUAUUGACAUUGCAACCUCUCACUUUACUUUGUGUUUACAUGACCAUAAACUAGCAUAUUCCACACAAUCGACAUGCAUUAGUCUACACAUCCAAACCAUUCACUGAUGGUUUAGUGACUGCCGAUCUAUAAGUGUGCCAUGAGUAACUUCUCAUUUAUUAUUGCCAAAUAUUUUUGUAUGUCUUAAGUUUAUACUAUGUCAUAAAAAAAAAACUGGAAUAUAGAUUUAAAUAUGUAAAUUAAAAUACAUGAAAUAUAACAUAGAUCAUUAAUAAAUAUUAUAGGUCUUUAUAACCUUUGACCCCUUGAAAAUAUUCCUGUAGUAGGGGGAGCAGUUUUUAUAAACUGAUCUGGGACGUGGAUGGCCAGUCUGUCGGAAAGUACAUUUGUCAACAAUUCCUCUAAGUAGCAGAGUAAUCUUAAAAGAUUCCAUUUGUUAUUGAAGAAUCAGCCUCAGCAUUGCAGCAUGUGUCUGAUCUGUGUUUCCAUAUCCUAUCUGUAUGUUGUCCUAAUUAUACCGCCCAUGAAAUGAUAAACAAGGAUGUCAAUAUUAUUGUUGUAUAGUACGAGAUGGAACGCUGUGAAAUGCUCAACUAUCUAUUUACUCUCUCAGUGAACCAGUUCAGGAUAUUUUAAGUCAAGAUUGUUUCUAGUACCUGUAGUUGCAUAUUUUCAAUUCUGUUACAGGGUUUUUUGUAUUCUUAACUUGUUGCUCGGUCAACGGUCAAUCAUGAGUGCAAAAAUGUAAUUAUAGCAAUAAGUGUUUGAUUAUUUGUCUUUUAUCUCUCCCCAAAACACUACUGGGAAAUUAAGCACAUUAUAUGCUGGGCCUUUUCCACUGAAAUGCUGUGUGUUGGCUUCUACUAAAUGGGACUGAAUGGCUAAUAUUUACUUCUAAAACUACCCCUAGGUCUUUCAGGCUUUUGUCAAUAAGAAUAUAUUGUGAUUAAUUCAUGUAACAGAGAAUUUAUCACUGUCAUUGUACUGUGCUGUAGAAUCUGUAGUUGUUUGUAUGUAAGUAUAGAUCAUAGUAUUAGGAAUUACAAUACUCUAUACAAUACAAUACUCUAUACAUGUGGAACCAUAAAUAAAAUACAAAGGACAAAAAAAAUGAAGUGUAAAUGACAGAAUACUAUUAUAUAUGUUGUCUUUGAUUUUGUGUAUUUUGUAAAUGAGAAUGGAAUAUAAGUAAAUACAUCAAAAUAAAUACUACUGGUUAUGAAGAAUACUUAAAUGUUACAACGUCAUGAUUCUGUUAUAAAGUUUGUGUGUGAGAUUUUUUCUUAUCUUUUGUCUAUGUUUAUUUAUUUGCACUGUUGUGCAAUUGACAUUUUCACAACUGCAAUGGAUAGCAAAGAAAAAUAAACUACUGUCCUAAUGAUGAAA